ACUCGAGAAACGGGGGGGAGUGCACGUGUGUCAUUCGCUCUCACCAUUCUCUUCAUUUUUUCCCCUCUCUCCCCUCUUCCUCUCCCCUUGAAAGAUAAUAAUACGAGAGAAAAGAGGAAGGAGUAAAGACGCAGUGAUUGGAAUUUGUAAAGGAUUUGGUGGAUUUAUUGUGGUUUUAAGCUUUUUAUUUAUUUUUGAAAGAAGAAAAUUUGUGAAAGAUAUUUUGUGUGAUUUUGUUUUCAUCCGUGUUGUGAUGAGAUGCUGAGGCUGAGAAGUGGGCCUAACCUAACCUAACCUUAACCUAACCUAACCUAGCUAAACUAAUGUAAAACCACAAGAAGAAGAACAACAACAACAAGAACAAGGAAAACAAGAAAUACCACCACAACCACCCAAAGCAACAAAAAUGGCAACAACAACAACAACAACAUCAACAACAACCCUCCUACUACUACUACUCCCACUACCACUACUACUACUUCAAGCCACAACAUGCCACGCCAGCGACUUCAACGACAUCUACGACUAUGAAUAUUCGUAUGGGGACUUGGGUUACUCCUACGAUGAUGGUGAGGCGAAGAAAAGGGAAAAGGAGGGUGAUGAUGCUCUACAAAUCGCGAGUCACGUGGCGGACACCGGGAGUUCCAUAGCAGGCGGCCUGAGUGACCUACCGCAGAUCCCCCUGUGUUGCCCCCUCAAUGCUGUGUACGAGAUGGGCAAGAACUGCACCACAGCCCCAACAGACUGGACCUGGCGCCCUCACCUCUCGGGGGAACCCAAUGCCAACUUCAUGUACACUGGCUUUCCGAAGUGCAAGGUGAACGAACCCAUGCCGUUCUAUCAGAAGGAGGUGUUCUUCAAUGAUGGUGAAGCCUUCGUGCCAAACUAUGUCCAGCUCCACUCCAUCCCCAAGGAGAAAUAUUGUGUCAGCAAGGUGUAUGACAAGACAGACCCGGAGCAGUGUGAGAUCCACCGCACCAAGGUGUUUGUGUGCCUGGACAAAGAGCAGGAGGAGCCUGGCCUGUACUGGACUGGGGUCAGCCUGGCACACACCUUCCUCGCACUCACCCUAUGCACCUUCUUCCUCGUUAGGGAUCUCAGGUGUCUGCAGGGGCAGUACAUGAUCUGCUUCCUCAUCUCCCUCCUGGCAUACAACAUCUGUCUCCUGCCGGGCUCUGUUAUCGUACUCUCCAUCAGCUUUGUGUCCUGUGUCUCGCUGGGUGCGGUGAAAUAUUUCUUCUUCUGCGGAGUGAUGCUUUGGUUCAACGUGAUCUGUUUUGACGUGUGGCGGACCAUGCAAAGCAAGCAGGACAUUGGGUCGCGGCGCCGGUUCCUGCUCUACUCAGUGUACACGUGGGUGGUGGGGGCGGUGCUGACCACGGCGGUGCUGGUGGUGCCCUACCUGUCCGGCAAGACCCACGACUCAACACUAAUGGAGACCAACACUGACGACUGCAAGCUGAAAACGGACAUCAACAUGAUCCUGCAGCUGGUGGAGGUGCUGCUCAUGGUUGUGAAUCUGGUGUUCCUCAUCUUGGCCUCCACACACAUCUGCAAGUACCCCAAGUUUGGUGAGGGACUGCCCAGGUGUGACGCCACGCUCAGCCUGAAACAAGGAUGGAAGCUUUAUAUCAUCAUGAUCGGACACACCCUCAUUGAUGUGCCUGACGAUAUCCUCACUAUCAAAGUCGUGGACUUGUGGAGAUAUGUGCUAAUUGAAUCAAUGGCUCUGUUUGCUGUGUUUGCCUACCGGAAGACAGUUCUCCGCCACCUCUAUUCUGUCUUCUACUGUGGUCGCCAUGUCCCUCGCAGCGACGACGACGCCAACGGGGGCAUCCCAGAGAAGCACCAGCUCACCAAUAUGCACUGAAGGAGGCAAUGUAGAAGGCACUGUAGGAGGGAAGGAGGAAAACUGUAAGGAAAAACUAGUGUUGGUAAUAUUUUUGAAAGAGGAAA